AUGGCCCAAAUUCUCAAUGACCCAGAUGGGCUUGUUAAUUUGCGGAACCUCGCCCAAGUGGUAGAGAGAACUGCACCCUCCCCCCCCGAUAAGUCAAUUCCGAUUGUGUUCGUUCCUGGAUUCUCUGGUUGGGGCGCGCCAUUAUUGGGCGCGAUCAACUACUUCGGCGGUGUAAUUGACAUGCCGAACCUUUUACUCGAUGAGGGGUAUACAGUCAUUGUCGCUCCAGUUGCUCCAAUCUCCACAAACUGGGAACGGGCUUGUGAGCUAUACAGGCAGCUCACUUUCGGAAGAUUUAGCACCGUCAACCCAAAUACACGUGUUAUUAACGAGGUCUACGACGUGGACAUUGAUUACGGCACUUAUUUUCCUGCGGGUCCUCACGCCCCAGACGACACUACACGCACUGGGCAAACCAAGACGACUGACAGAAGACGGGCAAUCCUGUUUUCAAACUCACCCAACUUUCGCAGAUGGAAGUGGGACCGGGAGCACAAGGUCCAUUUUGUUUGCCACUCUCAAGGUGGAAAUACGGUGCGCUACCUCAUUGGUCUGAUGGCCAAUGGCGCCGGGGCUUUGCAUUCCGAAUACUUUAGCCAGGCAGGGAGAGACGACUGGACCGUAUCCGUCACAACCAUAGGGACACCUCACAGAGGAACGACUCUCAUAAAUGCCCUCCAAGGUUUUCUUUCCCGAUCAAGACUUCGGGCGGUCGGCCUAGUCGCAAGAUUCUUCGCUACCGCAUCCUUCUAUCCUCCAGGGAGGAGGGCUUAUGAUCUUCAGCUUGACCACUGGGGAAUCCGCAGAAAUGCAGGAGAAACGUUCCAGCAGAUGCUCGUCCGUAUGGAAGCCGACAACGGCCCGGUGUGGAAAUGGCUAAAUUCCGACAACAACGGUCUUUACGACAACAGCAUCGAAGGCGUUCACGAUCUCUCCCAGAGGGUACCAAACACGUCAGAAAAUAUCUUCUACUUCAGCCUAUCCUUCCAUGCAACAGAACCUUUCCCCGAGGCUUGGCCUCCUUGGGGUAGGGACGCAAUUGACUCCUUUCCCACCAGCAUAGAGAAUUUUGUGCGGCGCGUGAUAGGACCCAUCCCAAUCCUCGGGUGGUUAAUGGAAAUAAUAAUCAACGCAUUCACUGACAUUGGAUGGGUAAUACUCAUUGUCAUGACCAAUUUUCGCUCUUUCGUGGAGUGGGUUACUGAAGCAGUCAUGACCAGGCUUCUCCGGGAACUAGGCUACGAUCUUGUGCUUCCGAAGCCAGGAAGAUACAUUCCGCGGAACGACGUCAUGCCCAUAUUGGUACUGAGCGUCUACGCAAUGGGAAGCCAGGAGCUAUCACAGCAGCAAAGGAACAUCCUGGGGCCUAAUCUGGAAGACUGGUACCAAAAUGACGGCGUGGUUAACACCGCAUCCAUGAGCGGUCCAGAAAACGCUGUUUCAGCCAUCAGCUCCCUACCGGAUUUCAACUUUAAUACCGACGGAAAGCGAGGAACAUACUGGCACUUCGGCGUCAAUAAUCGAAUGGACCAUGCGGAUGAGAUUGGGGUUUUCAUCGAGCAAGACACGGUGAGUGUCCGGAAUUCCUGCUACUAG